CUCUCUGGGCUCUGACCACAAGGAAGCACUUUUGCAAUAUAGGAAAAGAAGAAACCAGAUUGAUAAAGGAAGUGCUGGUCAUUCUGGGGACGGGUGAGUUUGGGGAAGGCUCUCACCCUCCCUUGCUCUUCUGAAGGGGCCUGAUCCACGCUCUCCGGGUGUCUCCCGUCUCCCCAAGGAGGCACCUCCUAGGACCUCCCCUCUGGCCUUGACGGAGCUGCUGUCGCCUCCUCCCCGGGGAGGAGAGUGAGGCAAUGGGUCUCUUUCUGCUGCUGUCUCUGCUGCUGCUGCUGUCAUGUCUGCAGGCUGGUAGCUCAGCAGAAUGUGAUCCAAGUACUAACUAUGGAAUCAAGCAACCAGACCGCCUCUCAGCCCCCAAGGGUGGCUCCGUCCGCAUCCCUUUCUCCUUCUAUCACGACUGGGAGUUAGCCAAGGAUCCCAGAGUGAGUGUAGCCUUCAAACGGACACACUUCCAUGGGCAGUUCAUCUACAACAGCACUCAGACUUUCAUCCAUAAGGACUACAAGAACCGGAUCUCCCUUGAAUUGCCAGUGGGUCAGAGGACUGGCUCCCUGCAGAUAUCGAACCUGCAGGAGAAGGAUGAGAAUAUAUACUUUUGCCGGAUCCAAGUGGAAACAUUAAGAUGCGGCAAGAAGGUGUGGCAGGCCCUCGAAGGGACCAAACUCACCAUCACCCCCGCUCUCAAGACAACCACCACUGCUCCCACCACUACUGCUCCCACCACUACUGCCCCCACCACCACUGGCCCCACCACCACUGGCGUUGGUGACUUGGAAGACAGUAAGAGUUCAACGUCUUCAGUCCUGAGUGUGGAAGCUGCAGUAGGGGUGGCGCUGGCUGCUGCUGUGCUCAUAAUUGCUAUUUUGGGACUGAUACUCUACCUCAGGCGGAAGAAAAGCAAAGGUAAGUGGUUCCAGGCCAUGCCCUCCACCAAGCUUCCCUACUGAGUGUUUCU